AUGUUCACGAAAAGGCCAGCCCGAAUACCCUCGCACGCGGUGGUGUCGGCAGGUGUGCUGACCUCCUACCAAUAUGUGGACGCGAAAGCCAAGACCCAAACGAUGCGCUACUAUCUCAGAAAUACCGGAAAUGGCAGCUAUCUGGCUUUCGAAUUACUUGGCACGCUACCCGCCGGGGCAAGCUUGACAGUGGAUGAACAGCAGGAGACGAAGUACCUCUCGAACACGGCCUGUUCGACGCAAACGUACAGUCACGAAGUUUGGGUGAACUACAAUUGGACGUGUUCGCCUCUCGUUUCGCUCAGCAACUGCCAGAGCGGGUUGCUGUUAAGAUACACUGCAGUCCAGGGUGAGGUUUCGACAACAACAACAAAAGCCGCCAUUUCCGGAUCUUCGCUCGGCACACUCGCUGUUCUAAUUUAUUGCCUUGCGCUCGGGUUG